AUGGGCGGGGCAUUCCAGGAGCAGGAAGUUCCGCUGCGACUGUACAGACGAUGGUUUGAAAUCGUCCCUGAGCCAACCAAGUCUUUCAUCACUUCGGACUCUAUAAAUUGCGAUCCAAUGCAAGCUCAAAGCCGCCCUGAUUUAGCUGGAGCUCAGUACGACAAAUCAGAAGAUUGCGUACGGGUUUCCCGUGUUUAUCCAAUUGAAGAAAGCUCACAAUCGCCGAUGCAAUUAACUUGGCAAGGGAUAACCGUCCACGUGGAGGAGCGAGGCCAUUUUUGGGACCGCUACUUUCCGACAAAGUUGCGUGCUAGGCGACCUGCAUCCAGAACGGUACUCAACAACGUUCACGGCACGGCAAACCCUGGCGAAUUAAUGGUUAUAAUGGGUGCGAGUGGUGCAGGCAAGACCUGCUUGCUGAAUGUGCUCGCACACAGAAAUCUAAACAAUAUGCAGAUCCAGGGAACAGUGAAAGUGAACCAAAAGCUUGUCACCAAGGAUUUCAUGCGAGAGUCGUGCGCUUAUGUCCAACAAGACGAUUGUUUCAUUGGAUCGCUUACUGUCAAAGAACAUUUGGAGUUCAGUGCCGUCCUACGCAUGGGUGGUGGGUACCGUACAAAGCGACAACUAAGAAAGGUUGAAGAGGUGAUGAGCGAACUAGGUCUCGACGACUGCGCUAACUCUGUGAUUGGGACACGAUCUCUGAAGGGCAUUUCGGGUGGAGAGAAGAAGCGAGUGGCGUUCGCCUCGGAGAUUCUAACGAACCCUCCUAUUUUGUUAUGUGAUGAACCGACAUCUGGGCUGGACUCGUUCCUGGCUCUUCAAGUAAUUAAUGUGCUCAAGAAACUAGCCAGCACAAAAUCUAUGACUAUCAUUCUUACUAUUCAUCAACCAUCGAGUCAGGUUUUCGAACUGUUCGAUAGGGUUUACAUGAUGGCUAACGGUCGCGUGGCGUUCUGUGGAUCUCAGCUGGAAGCUGUCAAGUUUUGGAUGAGUAUAGGCCAGCCUCUUCCUCGCAACUUCAACCCAGCAGAUCACUACGUCUCAUCGAUCGCCGACAAGGAAAAUUCUCCUGGAAAAACCUCUGCAGAGAUUUGUGACGCUUACGAAAAAAGUCCAUAUAUGUCCUGCCUCCAAAAGAAACAGCAACAGGAUUUCUACCCACCAAACGUCGUCAGUGCUGAGUCCAACACCAAACGAUCGCGCAAUGGAAGAUCUAGUUCUACACGAUUUGCUGCCAGUUGCGUCAAUCAGAUCCGCGCCCUCCAUUGGCGUAAUAUGAUGUCGACGAUACGGGAACCAACCUUGUUGAAAGUUCAAAUCGCUCAAUCUAUUCUGAUCGCCACUCUCACCGGCCUUGUCUAUCUGAACGACUCGUACACACAGGAGAAGGUCGCAAACAUUAACGGUUCUAUGUAUCAACUAGUUGUCAACAUGGCUUUCAUGUUCCAGUUCAGUGUUGUGAACAACUUUUGCUCGGAAGUUCACACAUUCUACCGCGAGUAUGGCUCAGGAUUGUAUAAAGUCAGCUCGUACUUCAUAGCAAAAAAUCUGGCCGAGCUUCCCAACUACACUCUCUCCGCAGUACUUUUUGCGACGAUUUUAUACUGGAUGUCACGCAUGGUUCCACUUUUGGACACGUUCCUUUUCUACCUGCUCGUCGCAAUUCUUGUGCAAAACACAGCGAUUUCGAUUGGGUAUGCAGCAGGUUGUAUCUUUGCUUCUGUUUCGCUAGCAGUAGCAGUGCUACCCAUUUUCGUAGUUCCAAUGAUGGCCUUCGGAGGUUUCUUCAUUAACCAGGGCUCCUUACCUUGGUUCUUUUAUCCAUUCAAGUACCUCUCUUACUUCGGAUACGCCUUCGAGAGCUUGGUCGUCAACGAAUGGAGCCAUGUCAACUCAAUUUCAGGUUGCACUCGACCUCAAGGAAUAGGUUGUUACGCAAAUGGAACUGAUGUUAUCACUAGUCUUAGCUUUGCGCCUCAAAAUAUGUGGCGUAACGUGGGCAUUAUUGCAGCCAUGAUCAUUGCUUUCCGUUCUAUUGCUUUCUUGGGACUGCUAACACGAGCCAAACUACAGAAGUGA